AUGUGUGGUAUUCUCGGAUGUCUCCACCACCCCGACGCGCCGGCGUAUCGCAGCAAGAUGCUCAGCAUGUCUCGCUGCAUUCGCCACCGUGGUCCUGAUUGGUCCGGUUGUGUCGUCACUCCUGAAGACGGCACAAAAGGUUCCAUCCUCUGUCACGAGCGUUUGGCUAUUGUCGGUAUCUCGACCGGUGCUCAACCUCUCGUUUCCACCGAUGGCAAGCUCAUCCUUGCUGUCAACGGUGAGAUUUAUAACCACCGACAACUUCGCAAGAGCCUCAAGGGUCAGAAUGCUGAGUUCAAAACAGAGUCGGAUUGUGAGGUUAUCCUCCAUCUCUACCGCGAACACGGCACCGAUUUCGUAAAGAUGCUCGACGGAAUGUUCUCCUUCAUCCUUCUCGACACUACUCAGACCCCACACCGUGUCAUUGCGGCGCGUGACCCUAUUGGAAUCACCACUCUGUACCAGGGUGCUUCGUACAAGUACCCCGGUGUUGUCUACUUUUCGUCCGAGCUUAAGGCAAUUCACGAGGAGUGCGACCGCAUUCGUUCUUUCCCUCCUGGUCACUUUUACGACUCGGCGCUGCCCGAGGGUAAGGAGACCGUCCGUUACUACACCCCCAACUGGCUUGAGGACGACGCUGAAGACGCUGCUGCUCCCACCAACUCUACCGAUCUCAAGUUGAUCCGCGAGUCUCUCGAAAAGGCUGUCCGUAAGCGUCUCAUGUCCGAAGUCCCCUACGGUGUGCUCCUUUCCGGUGGUCUCGACUCGUCGCUGAUUGCUUCGAUCGCAGCAAGAGAGACUGACAAGAUGGCCGACCUUCAGCGAAAGCAGUGGGAAGAGAGACAGGCUCGUCGUGCUCGUGGUCUCAUCACCCCCGCUGGUGAUGCCAACGGUGCGAAGCUUCCCGUCGGUCUCGACGAGGACGCGGACAACGAGGUAGAGAACCUUGCCGCAUGGCCUCGUCUCCACUCGUUCUCCAUCGGUCUUCCCGGUUCGCCCGAUCUGCUCGCUGCCCGCAAAGCCGCUCAAUUCCUCGGAACCGUCCACCACGAAUACACUUUCACCGUCCAGGAAGGUCUCGAUGCCAUUGCCGACGUCAUCUACCAUCUGGAGACCUACGACGUCACCACUGUUCGUGCCUCUACUCCUAUGUACCUGCUCUCGCGCAAGAUCAAAGCGAUGGGUGUGAAAAUGGUUCUCUCCGGUGAAGGAUCCGAUGAGAUCUUUGGUGGAUAUCUCUACUUCCACGCUGCUCCCGAUAAGAAGUCGUUCCACCAGGAAUGUGUUCGACGUGUUAAGAACUUGCACACGGCGGAUUGUCUUCGUGCUAACAAGAGUACUAUGGCUUGGGGUUUGGAAGCACGUGUUCCUUUCCUCGACAAGGCUUUCCUUGACGUUGCCAUGAACACUGAUCCUGCGGAUAAGAUGUUCAGCAAGGGUUCUUUGCAGGAGGUUGACGCCGACGGACGUCCACGAAUGGAAAAGUACAUUCUCCGAAAGGCUUUCGAUGUUAUCCCUGACGACAUUGAAGCAGGUGGUGAUGGAACUGGUAGCAAGCUCUCUUCUUCGGCUCCUCGUAAACCUUACUUGCCCGAAGACAUUCUUUGGCGUCAAAAGGAACAGUUCAGUGACGGUGUCGGAUACUCUUGGAUCGAUGGAAUGAAGGAAUACGCCGAAAAAAGCAUCUCUGACGACAAAUUCGCAGAACGUGCCAAGAGAUACCCCACAGACACGCCUGAUACGAAGGAGGCUUACAUGAUUCGAGAAAUCUUUGAAAGCUGGUUCCCUUCCGACGCUGCAGCUUCCACAUCGGUUCGUUGGAUCCCUCGUGCCGAUUGGGGUUGCGCCACUGAUCCUUCCGGUCGUGCUGUCAAGAUUCACGAAUCGGCCUACUCGGCUGAAGAGUAA